CUUUAAACAGAGGUGGAGGGACAGGUGACGCAGGCUACAGAAAAUCGUCUUCUUCCUGAAAAGAAUCGCAGCAGCCACAAACAUGGCUAAAUUCCUCUCACAAGCUCAGAUCAAUGAGUUCAAAGAGUGCUUCUCAUUGUAUGACAAGAAGCACAAUGGCAAGAUUAAUGCCAAAGACCUGAUCACAGUUAUGCGCUGCCUGGGUACGAGCCCCACGCUUGGUGAAAUCAAGAGACAUCUACAAGUCCACAAAAUUGAAACGUCUGGUGAGGUGGACUUCUCUACAUUCCUGUCAAUGAUGCACAGACAGAUACAACAGGAGGAUCCCAAGGCGGAGAUCCUGGAGGCCUUGAGGAUGACUGACAAGCAGAAGAAUGGAUACAUCCCGGCAUCUGAGCUGCGGGCCAAGCUCACCAUGUUAGGAGAGAAACUCACAAACAAAGAAGUGGAUGAGCUCUUCCAGGAGGCAAAGAUCAAGUCAAACGGGACUGUCAAAUACGAAGAGUUCACGGAGAUGGUGACACUGCCACCUGUUGAUUACUGAUUUUAAAAAGGAGAAAAGAAAAUAUGUCAAGCUUCAAACUUCAGGAUGACAGCUAAGGAGGAAAACUGACUUUAAACACAGAGAACGUGACGUGGUUGUCACAUUCUGCAGAUAAAGUUGUGUUAAAUCUGCCUGUUGGGACAGAAAAGGUUUUUUUUUUUGUUUCUUAAAUGAUCAUUUUCUGAAUAUUUUAUAAUUAAUUCUCUGCUUAAUACCUGACCACCCUUCACCUAAUUAAAUCCUUGCCCUUGGGUAUUAAUAUCCAGCACUGUGUAUGUAACAAGCUUUUUCUUCGUGAUAGUUUCCAGUUUUCACACAUCAGUAUUAAGCUGUGAACAGUAAGCUUGCAUGUACAGUAAAAGCUGUGGAGUCUGAAAGAAAAUAAAGUAAAACUAACAGUUUCACUUUCACUGUCACCUAAAGCCCUGCAUGGACAUUUAUUAAAACUGUAUUAACAUAUGUGACAUCUUAUUUGAAUUUUUCUUUUUACAAGUGCUACAGCCAUAAAAUGUCUGUUUUAACACAGUAUAGCAAUAGGCAAACUUAAUGAUACAACACUAAUUGACUAAUUAAGUGAAUGCGAUUUUCUCCAGAACAUGUCAUCACUGUACAGGCUAAACUUUAAUACUUCAUUAAAGUUAAUUUUACAGUGGUGCAUUGUGGAAAGACUCUAUUUAACAGGCCGACUGCUUCAAAGAAUAUGUUUAAUGACUACUACACAUCUUGUGCUUGGAAACCAACAUUUUCAUUGAAUGUACAGAGAGGAAUCUUUAAAAAUGACAAAAGAAACAAUCAC